AUGUCUACGUCAGUGGGUGAGGCAGCACUGAGCAUCAGGUGGCGCGGUGACAUUGAGGCGUGGCACCAAUACACCUGCAGGCAUGGCAGCCAGACACAAGGCAGUGAGUUCUGUCGCUGCUUGUCACUGCCAGAAGGAAGACUGAGAUCGUUGCUAAUCUCAGGAGGGGGGGUGAGUCUUCCUGUGAGGCAUGGCAAGGAGGGUGCCCAGGAGGGGAGGCGCCUCAGCUUUGGAGUCAUCGUGCACACACAGCCACCUGCCUCCCCACAGCCACCGCCACGCCUCCCACACUCAAGAUGCUCCUUGCUCUUUGCCCAGAACGCCUACACACCUUCGAUGCGAGCACAGAGGGUGGAGGUUCUGGCUGCGGAGUGGAUUCGUGAACGAUCCUCUUCAUCCAGUACAGACGAGCCCUCCUCUGGUGGUGAUGAGUCCUACUUAAGGGCAGCAGCAGCAGCAGCUAGGAAGCGCCGAGGGAACCUUCCCAAGGAGUCUGUCAAAAUACUGAAGAAAUGGCUGUAUGAUCAUCGCUACAAUGCCUACCCUUCAGAUGAGGAGAAGCUGCAGCUGUCACGGGCAGCUAACCUGUCUGUCCUUCAGGUGUGCAAUUGGUUCAUCAACGCCCGGCGGAGAAUCCUGCCAGAGAUCAUUCGACGUGAGGGUAACGACCCAGAGAAGUACACCAUCACCCGGCGUGCUAAGAAGCUGAAGGGCGUCUCAUCACGUGACCGGGUUGAACAGGAGGAGUGUGCCCGGCCAACCCAAAAUGACUACACACGCACCAGGCCCCACUGGGAGACCACAGAACUCCCAGACCACGACUACGACUUCUCCAUGCAGUCCCGUGUCGCCUCCUGGGUGGCAGAGCAGCAGAGAGUAUCAGCCAAGCCGCCUUUUGAAGCUGUUUGCCCUUGUGGGUGUGGUUCAGAGACUGAGCACAACACCAGUUUCAACACCAACACCCCAGCACCGCCACCAGCAUCUGCACCUUUACCCACCACUGCUCCAAACUUCAUAACAGAAGUAACAGCAACGACAAACUCACCCAUAUACACAGACACCAAUUCACCCGCAUACACUCCAAAUGAUUCUCCCUUGUACCCACCAUCAACUCCAGAGCACUACGUUCCACAAACAGAAUAUGCCCCACACACCUUCACACCUGCUCAAGUCACACCUCCUCCAACCCCUCCAGAGGAUGAUGCAGACAAAUUCAAGUGCCUUUACAUGUUGGUUGAUGCUGCCCUCAGCCAGUGGGAGAAGCAGAAUGCCUCACCACCCCCGCAGGAAACCAUAGACACCACCCGCACCUACCUCAGCCUCUAAAACUCGGCACAAGGAAUUGGAAAAGUAAGAAAUGUUUGUUUAUCAUUGAUCAUGAAUUGAUUAUAUGAAUGUAAUAUAUUGGAUGCUUCUCAUACAGAAGGAAAGCUCUAGCUACUUUUCACAUGUUAGCUGCUUUUAGUUUGUCAGUGUGAGAGAGUAUUUCCAAUGUUUAAUGUAAAUAGGAACUUACUAUUACCAAGCAGUAACAGUAACAAGAACAGUGCCUGUCUUGCUGUGAAGAAAAUUAUUAUAAGCAGUGUCAGUUUUGCAGAGACAUGCAUUUUGAAGGGCUGGUUGUGAUGUUUCUGAAUUGUAGUAUCCUUUUUAAAAGACAUGUUUUUCUUGGAUUGUAUCCAGUAGUAUUGAAGGAUCUUUGUCAGUCACUUCUGAAUGCUUCUAGAAAAGAGGACAAAUUUUGUGCUAUGAAAUGGCCCAUUUUGUCAUAAGAUUUUUUACAUGCUGAUCUUUGGCAGUGAUGAAGAACUAACCAGAUGCAUUGGUAUAGCUCAUAAAUGUAUGGUCUUUAUAGUACAAUGGAAUGCCUUACAGUGAUGGAGUUAAUGCUGUCUCCGCCCAUACUAUUUAGGUAACCCCUAUAAUUAUCAUGACUCACCAAGAUUAGUGUAGUUAUAGAACAUUCCAAAAUUGGUGUUUGUCUUCCCUUCAGACAGUGAAUGAAGACACGUGAUCAACAGUCAGGAGAGUGUACUGCACAUACAAUUAACAUGUCUUCGUGAACACUGUUCUUUACUUGUGUCUUCAUUGCUGUCUACAUUUUUGUCUGCCUUGACAUACCGCUCAAGCAACGCAGAGGAAGUGUAACAAUGUGCCUUAAAAGGUUUCUCGUGCACAUUAUUGUUCUGCUUUGCAAUACUCUUUUGAGACACCAUUUGGUUCAGUAGUACUUAGAACUGCUCACCAGUUACCAGUCUAAGUAUUCUUUAACCAUUUUCUUUAUACUUCUAUAUAAAUGUAUGGAUGAAUCAGUCUUAUGGUACCUAACAUAUUUGAGUGAUGUAAUGAGAGAUUAUGCUGAGAGCUCAUUAGCUACAAUACAGUUUUGAUAUUUUAAUUUUUUUUUAACAUCAUUUUAGGUAGUAAACUUUCAAUAGAGAAAAAAAUAUGGUUUGGUUGCUCUGAACAUCUUAGAUUUUGGCUUCCCUGUUCAGGAUGGAGCCCUUUUAUUUGUGGAUUUCAUUGUAAUUUUAUUUUGGAUAUAUUUUGGAAAUAAUUAUUAAAUUUUUUAUCUUGGGCAAUCCCAAAAUAUAAUGCUAGAAAUUUUAUUAUUUUGUUUAAAGGAUUUUUGAAGUUUGUGGUAAUGCUUAGUGAUGUUUGUGCCUGCACUAGUGUGGAUAUUGUAAGAAUGUCAAGCCCAUUAACUUAUACCAGCUGCAAUAAGGACACUUUUAUUAAAAUUUUACAUUUUUUUAUGAUAAGUAUAUAAAUACCUAAUCUAUGGUAAACAACAAAACUGGAAGUUCACUUGUGUGACCUUCCCACUCCAUUAUUUUAUGGUGCUAUUUUACAUUACCUUUGGAGUGGAGAGUCAAGGAGCAGCUAAUGAUUGAGCUAGCUUAGUCCCUGUGCUUGGUGUCCAUGGCAAGAUUUAACAACCACCUCACCAUUCACAGUAUAACCUUCGUAAUAUAUGGCCAUGAGACAUUGAGCCUUGGUGUUCAGCAAGUCUCCAAAAGAGUGAUCACUAGCAUAUAGGUCUUGCAGCAACAGUAUGUUAAGCAGUUGUAACAGAAUCAACAAGAACACUGAUUUUAACUGUAAUAUAUGUUAAGAAAAAGAACAUUGUGAAUGCCAAACCACCUGAGGCUGAUGAUGAAAAUGUUUCUGUGUACACCAUUUAUUGCCAUUUGUAAAUGCUCUAAAGUUUGUCAGGGAUCAUGUACAUAUGCUAGUUAUUGACCCUGUAAGCUGAAGGAUGGUGUAGAUGAAAUGGUUCUUCAAAAUUAUUUUACAGUAAAAAUAAUAUGGCUACGUUUGUAAGAAAAUAUUUAGUUUUGUAUUCAGUGCCAAUGUUGUCUGCAUGUAACUGCCACCUCAAUUAUUCCGUGAGAGUAGUGAUAUUCUUUAUGUUGUUCAUAGUUUGAUGGUUGAAGUCGCAAUGCCACGCUCUCAGACUGUUGCCUUGCUCUCACCUGCCCUUCUUGACUCUUGGGUUAGUUUUGCUGUCACUCUGGCUUCCCCUCAUCUUGAUAUCAGGGUUGCUACUCUUCAGAAAAUGUAGUUCUUGUUGCCACAUUUCUUUUGUGGGAAGGCCAAGUGGCAGUGUGGUCAGGGCGGGGCAAGUGAGAGGAAGCAACAGGCUGAGGGGACGUGGGAUGAGCGUAGUCCAAUAUUAGUGCGUCUUCUGUACAGUGCAGAAUUAUUAUCAUAGAGAAAAUAAAAUGAUCUAUUUAA